AUGCUUUUCAAAUCGCUCCUCGUGGCGCUCGCCGCCACGUUGGUCACCGCCGUCCCCUCGCUCGAGGUCAAGGGCACCGACUUCGUCAACCCUGACACGGGCAAGAAGUUCCAGAUCGUUGGUAUUGCCUACCAGCCUGGCGGCAGCGCGGGCUACGACCCAACGACCGGCAAGGAUCCUCUCAGCCAUGCCGACACCUGCUUGCGCGACGCUGCUCUGAUGCAGGUCAUUGGUGUCAACACUAUUCGUGUCUACAACCUGGACCCCUACAUCAACCACGACGAGUGCGCCAGCAUCUUCAAUGCUGCCGGCAUCUACAUGAUCAUCGACGUCAACUCUCCCCUCGUUGGCGAGGCUAUCACCUCGUUUGAGCCGUGGACCAGCUACUACGCCGCCUACCUGAACCACACCUUUGCCGUCGUCGAGGCCUUCUCCAACUACCCCAACACGCUCCUCUACUUCUCGGGCAACGAGGUCAUCAAUGACCUUCCCUCGGCCAAGGAGGUGCCCCCGUAUCUCCGCGCCAUCACCCGUGACAUCAAGAACUACAUCAAGAAGAACAUCAAGCGCGCCAUCCCCGUCGGCUACUCGGCCGCCGACGUCCGCGAGGUUCUUUGGGACACUUGGAACUACAUGCAGUGCUCUGAGAAGGGCGAGAAGGAUGACAUGAGCCGUGCCGACAUCUUCGCCCUCAACUCGUACAGCUGGUGCGGCAUCAAGGCCACCUACGAAAGCUCCUCCUUCAAGGAGUUGACCGACAAGUUCAAGGACACGUCCGUGCCCGUCUUCUUCAGCGAGUACGGCUGCAACACGCCGCAGCCUCGAUACUGGAACGAGACGCUGGCUAUUUACGGAGACAAGAUGACCCCCGUCUUCUCCGGCGGCGUCGUCUACCAGUGGACUGAGGAGGAGAACAACUACGGCCUCGUUGAGAUCAAGGACAACACUCUCACCAUCAUGGAUGACUACAACCGUCUCAAGGCUCGGUGGGCCGGCAUCGACUGGAAGACUGUCCAGGCGCAGAGCUCCAGCAACAAGAAGGUGUCGCCGCCCGAAUGCGAGAGCAACCUUAUCAUGGAGAAGGGCUUCAAAAGCAACUUCACCCUCCCAGAGCUUCCCCCCGGCGCCCAGAAGCUCAUUGACAACGGCGUCACGCCCAAGCCCAGCGGCAAGAUUGUCAAGAUUUCGGACUACAACGUCAAGCUGACAGUCAAGGACAAGGGCGGCAAGACUCUGUCGGGCCUCAAGGUUGUUCCCCUCAAGGAUGAUGAGUUCAACUGGGCUGGCAAGAACAAGGCCGAGACUGGCAGCGCCAGCGGCUCCGACAACAGCACCAGCGACAGUGGCAAGAGCGGCAAGAGCGACGACAAGAAGGACGCUGCCGACCUGACUCGGCCGAUGAUGUGGGCCGUCGCGCUGCCCCUGGCUGUCAUGAUGAUGUUUGCUUGA